AUGGCUGUGCAGAGAGAUGCUUCGACAUGUGACCAUCAAAGCCGUUGGGAGUUUAUCCAUCCCCCUCCCCGUUGGCGAGUAAUCUUCCAUCGCGCACGAACAUCACCAUCUGUUCAGCAACUCGUUGAGAACAUUUCAUAACCAUGGCACCAACAAAGACCCUGCGUCAAGUGACUCGUGAGGAAGUCGCGAAGAACAACACCGAAUCCUCCUGCUGGAUUAUCGUCGACUCGUAUGUUUAUGAUCUGACAAAAUUCCUUGGCCUUCACCCUGGAGGUGAAGGUGUUAUCCUGAAGGUUGCUGGAAAGGAUGCUACUGAGGAAUUCUACGGACUCCACCGUCAGGAGGUUAUGGAUAAAUUUGGUCCAAGAUAUAUCAUUGGUCAGAUUGCGGGUGAAAAGCCCAAACUUGAUCUGACAAAACCUGGCGAGUACAGCAAAGUUCCCUAUGCAGAGGCGGGUUACUUGCAGGGCCGUCCGUCGCCAUUCUACAAAGAAUCUCACAUCCGUUUCCGGGAUGCUAUCCGCAAGUUCUACGAUGACGAGCUUACGGCAGAUGCACCUACAAUGGAUGCCAUGGGUGAGGCUCCGGAUCGCGAGACCUACCAAAAGAUGGGCAAGAUCGGGCUUCUUGCCUGCCGUUUAGGCCCUGGUCCUCACUUGAAGGUCGUUCCUGAGUUGCCCGGAGGGGUCAAGCCGGAGGAAUUUGACUACUUCCACGAGUUAAUCUCGCACGAAGAAACCACACGGUUGGGUAUUUACGGUUUUGCCGAGGGUCUCGCGUCCGGUAUGGUCAUCGGUCUACCACCAGUCCUGGCCUUCGGUCCUAAGUGGAUGAAGGAAAAGGUUGUUCCAGAAGUGCUCUCGGGCAACAAGAUCAUCUGCUUGGCCAUCACUGAGCCAACUGUUGGAAGUGAUGUCGCUGGCCUUUCCACCACCGCCGUCAAGACUCCCGAUGGCAAGCACUACAUUGUUAACGGUGUGAAAAAAUGGAUAACCAACGGUAGUUUCUCGGACUACUUCACCACUGCUGUCCGUACAGGGGGACCGGGUAUGGGAGGAAUCUCUAUGCUUUUGAUCCCGCGGUCGGAAGGUGUGGAGACCAAGAUCAUCAAGACUUCUGGAACCACAUCUGCCGGAACGGCAUAUGUCACAUUUGACAACGUUAAGGUUCCGGUUGAGAACCUUAUUGGUGGGGAGAACAAAGGAUUCCAGGUCAUCAUGGCCAAUUUCAACCACGAACGUUGGUCGAUGGUUGUUGGAGGAACUCGCGCCGCUCGUUUGGUUACUGAGGAAUGUUUCAAGUGGGCAAACCAGAGAAUGGUGUUUGGCAAGAAGUUGAUUGAGCAGCCAGUCAUCCGUCUCAAGCUUGCGGAAAUGCUGGCAGCCGUCGAGACGCUCCAAGGUGCCCUCGAAGUGGUCACUUAUCAGAUGACCAAACUAAGCUACAAGGAGCAAGCUCUACACCUUGCUGGUCCUCUUGCCCUUCUCAAAUAUCAAACCACACGGUUCACGCAGCGGGUCUCGGAUAACGCCGUGCAGAUCUUUGGUGGACGAGCAAUUACCAGGACGGGCAUGGGCCGUGUGAUUGAGGCCUUCCAGCGAACGAACAAAUUCGGUGCGAUCUUGGGAGGCAGCGAGGAGAUUAUGGCGGAUUUGGGAGUCAGGCAGGCCAUGAAAAAUUUCCCCCAAGCAAGGCUAUGAGCACGUCGCUCUCGAAAAAAGUCCGAUCAAUCUCACGCAUGCUUGGGCUUCAUCGUAGAGGUGUUGAUUUAGACAUAGCGUCUAGGACCCCAUUUAUGUGAUAUGUGCGUCAUUUAUCAGAUGUUGAAUAUAUGAGCAAUAGCUCCCCUGUUUCUUGCAA